AUGUCUCCAAUAACGGGCACCUCUUGGGAAGAGGUAAGGAAGCAAGCACGUCUUCUUGAGAAUGAUAUUGAUGUAAAGUUAGUGGCAUUCAGCAAGCUGGGGGUGAGCUCUGCCAGCUCAGGUCUCAGUUCGGAAAGUGUACCCCUUAUCAACAGUGAUGAUAUGUUCGACACCAUGUCUAUGGAGCUACAACAGUUAUUAAAUAAGCUUUCAGCCAUAAAUGAUAAAAUGGGAGACUUAGCACCUAGCGGCACAGCUACAAUGCAUACUAUUAAAAGGCAUAGAGAAAUACUCAUGGAUUAUCAGCAAGAGUUCUCAAAGACAUCAGCGCGAGUGAACGCGCGGCGCGAGCGCGAGGAGCUGCUGCGCGGGGGCAGCCCGCCGCCCGGCGCCACCAUCGGCCUCAGCCGUCGGGACCAGUACACUAAGGAGGCCAACCACUUACACAGUUCGCACAUACUGGUAGAUGAACAAAUAAACAUAGCGAUGGAAGCGCGCGAUCACCUCGCGUCGCAGCGGCAAACCUUUAAACGCAUGCAGACUACCUUCAACAAUAUCACUAACAGGUUCCCGAUGCUCAACAGUCUAAUGUACCGGAUUAACGCUCGCAAACGACGUGAUUCUCUCAUCCUUGGUCUUGUGGUCGCCGUCUGCACCUUCCUCCUGCUAAUGUACGCGUUCCAUUAG